UACCCUGACCUUUUUCAACUCACACUGCCUCAGACGGCCACCAAGCAGCUGAAGAGAGAGCAGCCAGACGGACCCAUCAUGUCCGACAAACCGGAUUUUGCAGAAAUUGAAACAUUUGACAAGACCAAGCUGAAGAAGACAGAAACCAGAGAGAAAAAUCCACUGCCCACUAAAGAAACUAUCGAACAGGAAAAGCAAAGUGAAAGUACAGCCUGAGUAUAAAAUGGAAGAUGUGACUGCUGCUUCUUCAGUGAGGUUUUGGCUUCUGAGUUGGGUUGUUGUUUUAUUUUGUCUCUCCCACCCCAUAUUUGUUGCCCAUUUAUUUUAGGAAACAUUUGUUCAUUUAAUGUUCCCUGGAGAAGUUUGUUUUGUGUUUGUUGAAGAAUAUACUAUGUAUUUGUAUUCUUAAAAUUAUAAUUCCAAGUUGUGUAUCAACCCCAUUACUUGACAAAAAAAAAAAA